AUGGCCCCUGAGCAGGCUUGCUCAUCCUGUGGUCUUUUCUUUGUGCAGAACCACUACGUUGGCCGGGGCAAUCGCCGCUGCACCUGCUGUGCGGCUUGCCGAUGCCAGGCUCCAGCACCCCUUCUCUCAGUCGCCACACCUGCUCCAGCGGUGCUACCGGCCUCCAGCACUACCGCAGCAGCCCCCUCGACCUCAUCCGCACCCGCUCUGGACACAUCCGCCGCCUCUCUGGUUGUUCCUGUGCCUGAGCCAACCUCUCUGGCACCACUAUCUCCCCUUCCCUCGCAUGCGCCGUCGAUCUGGGACGCCGUCGUUCCCGCACCCUCACAGCCUCUGACUGACACCUCCGCCCACUCCCACCUUGAUGAGCAGGCUGACACCAUCUCUCAGCUUGCAGAGUCCGUCGCCGAAAUCCGACAGCUAGUCCUCGCACUCCGCCAAGACCUGACGCCCCCGACCGCGCCUCCUCCAGCACCGAUGCCUCUUGCCUCGGCUCCAGCCUCCGGUGAGUUGCAGCUUCGCCGCCUGUUCCCUUGGAUCUCUCGCGAGCUCGCGCAGCAGGUCUACGACGACCGCCUCCCACCCCACGAGCUCGGAAAGCUCCGCAACCCGGCCCACAACACCACCGCAAGCGAGCCAGAGCGCGAACUCGGCGUCAUCGUCAACGGCGUCCGCGUCAGCGUGCCCGAGCCCUCCUCCUCCGACCUCUCCUCUCGUGCCUUUUUGCGCCUCGUUCCCGACGUCCGCAGCUUUGCCCAAGCCUGGUCCGUGUACACCGCUCUUCGCUCCACCAGCGCCAGCGACCCCCACCUCGCCGCCAGCCUCAGCGCUUUUCUGGUGCACAUCAUCGACCUCGACACACAGUACUUCUGGUCCACCGUCGCCGAGUACUUGCUCACAGUCUGCCAGCGUCAUUUCGGUCAUGCCACCGCCAGCGACUGGGUCGAGCAGGACAUCGCCGCGUGGCAGAAGGACAUCGGCGGUGUUCCUCGGCGUCCCAUCCCCUCCGCCAAGCCAGCAGCGUCCAAGAACGCCGCCUCGCCUGCGCAGACCAACACCACACCUGCCGCCGGCCAGAAACGCCUGCGUGCAGACGCAUCUGCCCAGGUCUGCUUCUGCUUCAACUCGGGCGGCUGCUCAGACGACAAGUGCAUGUCUCGAGCCAGCAGCCAUCAAGAAACUGGCCUAGGUGCCUCGGUGAGUACCACCCCUUGGCCUCCUCGCCCACUCGACCUCGUGGGCUCGUCUCUGCGGCAGACUCAAGCCCAGUCCCCUCCCUCCUCGUCUCUGCGGCAGACUCAGGCCCAGCCCGGCCUUGUCGGCCCUUCUCUUCCAUCCCCGCAGCAGACUCAGGCUCGGCUCAACCUUGAUGGUCGCUCUUUUCUCCCAUCUCCGCAGCAGACUCAGGCUCGGCUUGACCUCGAUGGUCCCCCCUCUCGUUCAUCUCCGCGGCAGACUCAGGCCCGGCUCCUCACUUCGGUCCCGGCAGCUCUCGAUGUCCCAUCAGCUGACCGGUGCCUCUCGCUUCUCCUCGCUCUUCGACAGCACGUGCCCCCUCCUCGGCCCAACACCACGAUGGCCCUCGACGUUUUCGAUCCGGCCAGCACCCCUGCUCGAGCAGGCUCGAUGCAGGCGCAGCUGCCAGCCUGGGAGCACCUCCUCCUCGACUACCCAGAUGAGCGCUUCUGCCAGCAGAUGGCUGGCAUGAUUCGGCAUGGCUGCCUUCUCGGGUACGACGGUCCGCUGCGCCACAGUGACCGCCUCGCCGCCAACCUCCCCAUCGACGCCGCUGGCCACACCCACCUACGUCGCGAGAUCGCUGUGUGCCUGGCCGAGGGCCGCCUCACCAUCGUCGGACACAACCAGCCCCUCGUUGAGUUGCCUAUCGGCGUCGUGCCAAAGCCGCGCUCAACAAAGCUCCGAACCAUCCAUCACCUUUCCCACCCUCACCGCCCAACGGGCGCCACGCUGCCGUCAGUCAAUAGCAGCAUCAACCCAGCCAUGGUAUGCAUCCAGUACGAAUCGAUCGGCCAGCUUGUUGACUUUGUGCGUGCCAACCCCAACUGUCUCCUUUGGAAAGGUGAUCUCGAGGACGCUUUCCGCCACGUCGUCACCGCGGAGCCAGACGCCUACUUGCUUGGCUUCCAGUACAAUGGCGUGUGCUACCGAGAGAACACACUCACCUUUGGCGGCAGCAGCUCGCCAUUUCUCUUCAACCUGGCAGCCGAGUUCCUCCACUGGGUCGUGGCAUCCUGCCUACCACCCAGCUGGCCCAUCAACCACUAUCUCGACGACACCUUCAGCGCUGUGCCAGCCGAGACGCCCGCGCUGGCACUUUGGCCAGUCCGGGUCCUCGCUCUUGCCGCCGCAGCUCUGGGCUUGCGCCUUUCGCCCAAGAAAACAUUCGCCAACUGGACUCGGCUUGAGAUUCUGGGCGUCGAGAUUGACUCGGCUGUGCAAACGGUGGGAGUCACGCCAGAGUGCCGAGCCCUUAUCAUCGCCCGGUGCCGCACACUGCUCAGCCGCCAGACGGCCGAUCUGCUCGACAUGCAGCACAUUGCCGGCCUGCUACAAUUCGUCUCUCAAGUCUUUCCUUGCGGCAAGGCCUUUUUGCGCUGGCUGUACGACUGCACUCAUCGCUCUCGGCUCGCAGGAAGACGCCGCAUACCUCGUCAAGCCCUCACCGAGCUUGCAUGGUGGGUUGCCGUCCUAGAAACCUGGCAAGGCACAUGUGUUCUCUCCCCCUCGCCCCUCCUCGUCGCCCAUGUUUGGACCGAUGCCUGCCCUCGCGGCUACAGUGCCCACCUCGGCCUCACCAGCGACCUGGUAGCUGUCUUCUCACAAUCGGUACCGCGGCGGCACCGAGGCAAGAACAUCCGCUUCCUCGAGGCCUUGGCUGUCCUGGAAGCCCUGCGGCAUUUCCUACCACACUGGCCCACGCCAACCACUGUGGUCGUCCAUGUCGACAACAAAAACGUGGAGUACGGCCUGCACUCUGGCAGCUCGAGGGAUCCGCUGACCCAGCGCAUCCUCCAGGAGAUCUUUGGGCUUUGUUUCACCCACAACCUCACUCUCCACCCCGUCCGUGUUUCGUCUGCUGACAAUGCCCUUGCCAACCUCCUCUCUCGCCGGCAGUUUACCCGUUUGCGCCAGUUGUUCCCCCAGGCUCAUCAGCUGUUCUUGGGCAUCUCUGCGGCAGCAGCCUCACUCCUCUGGAACGGCCUGGCGGUCAGCACUCGAGACCGCGCUGGCAGCACCAUCACCACCUACCGCACCUUCUGCGCCUUCCACUUUGGCUCCAACGUCGCCUGUUUCCCCGCCUCUGGCCUGCAGCUCCUCGAGUGGAUCGGAAGCAUGUCCACCACCAGCUGUUCCUACCACUCCGCCAAGCACGAGCUCAGCCACCUCCGGUCUCACCACAUCGACCUCGGCCUCUCGGUGCAUGGCUUCGAAUGCGGCCGGGUCGAGUGCGCGAUCCGUGGCUACAAGAAGAUCCACGGCGCACGGCGCACUGGCGCCAAGCUGCCCAUCACGCUUCCCCUCCUCUGCCGCCUUGUCGCCGCCGUCGACACCUUCGCCGCCAUCCCGCCGUGGGACCGCGCGGUCUACUCGGCUGCCUUCACCCUCUCAUUUGCCUGUUUCCUGCGCUCUGGCGAGGUCGUUUGGGACCGCUCCACCGAUCCCGCGGCCGUCCUGCGGGUCUCCAGCGUCGAGAUGGCCUCCGACCACGCCGUCGUCACCCUGCCCGCCUCAAAGACCGACCCCUUUCGCCUCGGCGUCAAGGUCGUCACCCCCCUCGUUGGUGGCCCCGAGUGUCCGGUGGCUCGCCUUCACACCAUCACAUCCAAGCGCGCCGCCUCUGCCCCCCUCUUCGGCCUCGGACCAUCCGGCAGUGACCCGCUCACGCGCACAGCCUUCGUGGCCACUCUGCGGCGCGCCAUCGCCUGGGCAGGCCUGGCGCCAGCUGCCUACGCCGGCCACUCUUUCCGGCGUGGCGCCGCCACCUGGGCGGCGUGCCUCGGCACUAGCCCGGAGACGAUCCAGUGCCUUGGCUGCUGGAACUCUGCCUGUUUCAAACGCUACGUCGACCGCUCGGCUAGCGAGCGCUGCAAUCUCGCCGUCGCCGCCCUCUUUGCCUCGUGCGAGGGCCCCCUCGUUCCCGACUGCGCAUCUUGGCGCAACGUGGGCGCGACCUAG